GUGUCUGGCACUCUCUCCUUCCCCAUCCAGGAUGGCCCACGCAGAUGUCUCGAGGUGUCGGUGCUACUGGAGAUGCACGAGGUCAUCAACCCGCGCGCCCUCCACACGUCCAGGAGAGUGGCUGCUGCUGCCUCCGCUGCUAAGACCCCUCUACACCUGCCAGUGCUGCAGAUGGAGCAUCACGAGGUGACAGUGGAUCUGCUCCACACGCACUUCAUCUUCACCAUCCCCUCCGAUGCUGCCGCCUCCUUUGCCACGCCCAUCAUCUCCCUGCAGUGGAUCCUUCGGUUUGAGUUCUGUGCCUCCACCAGGCGCCCACCACCACCCGGCAGCACCCCUGGCAGUGCGAGCAAGGGCAGGCAGCAAGCACAGCAACAGCAGCAGCAGCAGCUGCACGAGAGGCCACAUGCGCUGGCCAUGGGGGCGGAGACGGAGAGGGGCGAGUGGUCCAUGCCCAUCACCGUGCACGCCCCACUGCCUAAAGUGACCCCCAUCAGCAACAGAGACAAGGCAGUCAUGCCGCCUAUGCUCCAGCAACAAUCUGCCAUGCUGAACACUGCUGCUGCUGGCCGUGGCAUGGCUGGUGCACCUGUCCCUCCUUCAGCACCUCUCCCUCCUGCUGCUGUGCCGUAA